UGGUGCAAUCUGCAAUUUGCUGUGCUUUGGAGGAGGCAUAUGGAAUAGCACCAUACGCAAUUCUGGGGACUUUAAACGCAAAGAUGGACUUUUUGGAGUGUGUAGUCACUUUGGUCCUGGGAAUCUGAGCAUAUUUCUUUUGUCGGUUUUCAUUUUUUCUGUUUACACUUGGGAAGUUUACACGCUCUUAGAUCUGUUGUAAAAUUCCUGAUCCACUGGACCUGAACUGACACGGACACCGGGGACCUGGGAUUGUAUUAAUACAGCUGCAGAUUACUGUCAGUGUGGGGGGCGGAACCCGGAUUGAGAGGAGUUCUAUUUUUGCACAGUUGACACCGCCAGAGUGGCCGGUAUAUGACAUUUGACUAACGUAUUUUCAUUUGGUUCAUAUUUCAUAGCAAUGGUAAAAAAAAAAAAAAAGUUCCUUGAACAGAGUUAAUAAUAUAGCAACUACACAUGGAGCCCCGCAAUAGUUUUUAUUAUUUCUCUCGUCAAAACUUGUGCCUAGCUGUCUCUUGUCCUGUGCUGAAAUAUGCUAUUCAGUUUAAUGAUUGUUUUGUAAAGCAUUGAGACUUCAUUCUGAAGAUGACAUGGUGUAAUAUUGUAAUACUGCAACCCUCCCUUGCGAUAUACAUUGCUCAACACAACAGUUCAAAAUAGUAUAUCCACCCCGAGUUUCAUUUGACCUGAGCUUGACGUCCAUUAUUCAUUUCAUUUGUGGGAGAAUAUCUAACCCGUUCAGCGAUGUCUUCUAAGGAUAACUCCUGCAGGAAAUUCCAAGCUAACAUUUUUAACAAAAGCAAAUGCCAGAACUGUUUUAAACCACGGGAGUCACAUUUAUUGAAUGACGAGGAUUUAAAUAAGGCGAAACCCAUUUAUGGAGGCUGGUUGCUAUUGGCCCCUGAGGGAACAGACUUUGACAAUCCGAUGCACAGAUCCAGGAAAUGGCAAAGAAGGUUCUUCAUCCUCUACGAACAUGGGCUACUGCGCUACGCUCUGGAUGAGAUGCCCAGCACCCUCCCGCAGGGCACCAUCAACAUGAACCAAUGCUCUGACGUGAUCGACGGGGAGAGCAGGACCGGGCAGAGGAGCUCCCUGUGCAUCCUGGUGCCUGAAAAGGAGUACUUCAUCCGGGCUGAAAACAAGGAGAUCAUCAAUGGGUGGAGAGAGACCCUGAUCGUUUACCCGCGGAGUAACAAACAGAGCCAGAAGAAGAAACGCAAAGUGGAGCCGCCCACACCUCAGAUGGGCUCACAAACCUCUAUGCGACUGUCUUCUGAGGAGAUGAACGGAUGUAUUGAGCCAAGCCCUGCGAAGGUGCCAGUGACCAGCAGUAGCAGUGUCCCCGACAUCCAUGCAGUGGAGCAGGUUCCAACCAGCAAGUCCACGCUGUGGCAGGAGGAGCCGAGGGGGAGAAGCACCAUCUCCUGCAGCCGGAGUGCAUCCUGCCUGUAUCAGCUGAGCCAGCCCAGCAGCCCUCAGGGAGCCCCCACUGGAACCCCCAAAGAAGAUCACAGAAGAGUGAGCGCCGAUCACGUGGGAGGCGGGCAGAAGGCUCGUGUGGAAAGCGGAUACUUCUCCCUGGAGAAGAUCAAGCCCGAGUCCAGACCACCCCCCCCGCAGCAGCUCCAGAUCACCUCCCCCACCAGGUACAGUUACCCCAACGCGGACACCCUGACUCCCUGUCGCUCUUCGGAGUAUUGCGACCCCUUACUCGCCUCCCACAGCCCCUCCCCCUUCAGCUCCCAGAGCUCGCUGGACUCGGAGGCCAGCAGCAGCACCCAGAACAGCGGGGCGAGCUGGGAAGCACGCUCUCACCCAGCCCGCAGCACGCGGGAGUACGCCAGCCUCGCCGACAUCCCCAAGGCAAAGAGGAUCAGCAACCGGGACGCCUUCCAGGUGGAGAAGAAGAGGCUGGAGCAGAGGACCCGUGCACGCAGCCCUGGGCGAGAGGAGGUAGCGCGGAUCUUCGGGACAGAGAGGAGGAGGUCCCAGGUAAUUGACCAGUUUGAGACCCUGGACAGAGAGAAUGCUGAGCGCAUGGAGACCAGCUCCUCCUCAGAACCCUGCUCCUCCUCGUCCAGCACCUCUCGGCAGGGCCGCAGCGAGAGACGCAGCUACCCCAGGAAACAGGAGCGCACACUUGAGGCAUCGAAGGAAGGGUCCGUUCCUGACGUGUCGGCCCCGCCCAUCUCCCCGAAUCGCCGGGCCAGAUCACUGGACAGGAGAGCUACGAAGUCAUCCAUGACGCCUGACUUGUUGAAUUUCAAGAAAGGAUGGAUGACCAAACUGUACGAAGACAACCAGUGGAAAAAGCAUUGGUUUGUCCUGACUGAUCAGAGCCUGAGGUAUUACAGAGACUCCAUUGCUGAAGAGGCUGCUGAUUUGGAUGGUGAAAUUGACCUCUCCACCUGUCAUGAUGUCACAGAGUUUCCUGUACAGAGAAACUAUGGGUUUCAAAUACAUACGAAAGAAAAAGCUUUCACCCUCUGUGCGAUGACUUCAGGGAUCCGGCGCAACUGGAUCCAGGCGAUCAUGAAGCAUGCCCGGCCCGCGACUGCUCCUGAUGUUACCAGUUCAUUUCCAGAGGAGGCCAAGGUUCACUCUGCCUACCAGAGUACCUUUGCAGCUGGGGAGAUCCAGGAAAGCGAGGUGGACGGGGGCAGCACUGAGCAGCGCAGGAGCCGGGCACGAGAGCGCAGGCGAGAGGGGCGCUCCAAAACCUUCGACUGGGCCGAGUUCCGCCCCAUGCAGAAGGCCUCGUCUCCCUCUACCUCAGACUCGGCUCAAAUCAGCGAAGCAACCAGCAAAACCCCCGGCAAUAUGACUGACCUGGAGAGGGAGCGAGCCCAGCGCAGAGAGGAGCGCAGGAAGAGAUUCGAGAGUCUCAACGCUGCAGAAGAGGUGACCCGCAUGGAGGUGGACCGGGCCCCAGUCUCGCCUGAGACCAAGCCCGUGCAGGUGGAGAUCGAGCAGCGCUGGCACAAGGUGGAGACCAUGCCGCUGCGCGAGGAGAAGCAGAUCCCCAUCACCACGCUGCUUGAGGAGAAGCAGAUCCCCAUCGCCACGCUGCGCGAGGAGAAACAGAUCCCCAUCGCCAUGCUGCACUCCUCUGUGCCCGUGGUAGAGCCACUGCCACCACAAGAACUAGCAGCCUUGCUCGACAAAGAGCUGGGGCAGACUCAGAGAGAGCUGAGCAGACUGCAGCAAGAGAAUCACCUCUUGCAGGAGCAGCUGGAGGAGUCCCGCAGCCGGGAGCACAGUGCACGAGAGGGCUACGUACUGCAGGCCACGUGUGAGCGUGGGUUCGCUGCCAUGGAGGAGACGCAUCAGAAGGUGCUGGAGGACAUCCAGAGGCAGCACCAGAGGGAGGUGGGCAAGCUGCGGGAGGAGAAGGAGCGCCUGCUGGCAGAGGAGACUGCCGCCACUAUAGCUGCUAUUGAAGCCAUGAAGAAUGCACACAGGGAGGAGCUGGAGCGGACACAGCGCACUGAGAUCAGUGGGAUGAGCUCGGACAUCGAGGAGCUCCGGAGACAAUACCAGGAAGAUCUGCAGUCUAUCCAGCGGGAGCUGGAGGUCCUGUCGGAGCAGUAUUCCCAGAAGUGUCUGGAGAAUGCACACCUGGUACAGGCCCUGGAGGCAGAGAGGCAGGCCCUCCGACAGUGCCAGCGUGAGAAUCAGGAUCUCAACGCACACAAUCAGGAGCUGAACAACUGCCUGGCAGCGGAGAUCACCCGAUUGCGGUCCUGCCACUCAGGGGAUGGAGCCGGCUCUCCUCCUCUCACACAGGGCAAGGAUGUCUAUGAACUAGAGGUUUUAUUGCGGGUCAAGGAAUCAGAAAUUCAGUACCUCAAACAGGAAAUACAUUCUCUUAAAGAUGAACUACAGACUGCACUGAGGGAUAAGAAGUACACCACAGAUAAAUACAAGGAUAUCUACACCGAGCUGAGUAUAGUGAAAGCGAAAGCGGACUGUGACAUUACCAAACUGAGAGACCAGCUGAUUGCUGCAACAGAGGCUCUGGGGGAAAAGUCUGCUGAAAACAGCACUGUUUCUGGCUAUGAUAUCAUGAAAUCUAAAAGUAACCCAGAUUUUCUUAAAAAGGAAAGGUCAAGCAUUAGCCGGCAGAUCCGAAGCAUGAGGUCAAAGUCUGUAAUCGAACAGGUCUCAUGGGACAGCUGAUGCACACCAGACAGUUUCCCAGUGACAGCCUGAAAGAGGGAUUGAGUGUGCAAGAGCGGCUGAAGCUGUUUGAAGCAAGAGACUCCAAGAAGAUCUGAAGAGACUCCAUGGGUGCCAUUCAGACACACUUCUGUCCUCUGGCCCAGUCAUCCCCAGCUCCUUGGUGUCCUGUCCCCUGCUCCAGUCAGCCCCAGCUCCUAGGUGUCCUGUCUGCUCCAGGCAGCCCCAGCUCCUUGGUGUCCUGUCUGCUCCAGUCAGCCCCAGCUCCUUGGUGCCCUGUCUGCUCCAGUCAGCCUCAGCUCCUUGGUGUCCUGUCCCCUGCUCCAGUCAGCCCCAGCUCCUUGGUGUCCUGUCUGCUCCAGUCAGCCCCAGCACCUUGGUGUCCUGUCUGCUCCAGUCAGCCCCAGCUCCUUGGUGUCCUGUCCCCUGCUCCAGUCAGCCCCAGCUCCUUGGUGUCCUGUCCCCUGCUCCAGUCAGCCCCAGCUCCUUGGUGUCCUAUCCCCUGCUCCAGUCAGCCCCAGCUCCUUGGUGUCCUGUCUGCUCCAGUCAGCCCCAGCUCCUUGGUGUCCUGUCUGCUCCAGUCAGCCCCAGCUCCUUGGUGUCCUGUCUGCUCCAGUUAGCCCCAGCUCCCUGGUGUCCUGUCUGCUCCAGUCAGCCCCAGCUCCUUAGUGUUCAUGAUCUCUGCCACGCUACUUCUGCUGUUACAUUUUCUGCACCAGUUCAACAAAGUCAACAGGCAGCGUGUGCGUGUGCGUGUGUGUGUGUGUGCGUGUCUGUGCGCGCGUGUCUGUGUGUGAACUCGUUGUGGUUUAGCUUUUGUUCUCUCUAUACUGCAGUUACCACUCCCAGGCCAGACAUGCAGCUACAUUUUAUUUCAUAUAUUCCCAAAGUGACUAUUAAAAAAAGAUGUAAUUGGAAUGGUUUUCUUUUUAAAUUUGAUACAUUUCACACAAGAAAGCUUAACCCGCAGAAGCCAUCAUUUGGAAGUGCACAAAAAUAUUUGAUCCUACUAUGUGUUCAAGUUUGGGCAGCAAGUGGACGCCAGAUCAGAUGAAUAAAUGUUUUUCUGGCCUUGACAGAGACUAUAAACAUUGAUGGUUAAAAGUAAGUUUAUUUUCAGAUUCAUAUUAUGUAUGUAAAGUCCCAGUUAUCCCAGGCGGUAGAGUCCAGAGGUGGCCAAACCGGGAGUUCAGUGCGGCUCACAACACUUUUGCAUCUGAAUAUCCUCCUGGAUCAGACUGAAGGCAGAUUCUCCUUUUGGCGUUCAGUAAAGAAGCAGAUUUAACGAGUCAAACGGGUUUUGUAUGGCAAGCAUGAAAUACUGCUUGUGCUAAACGACCUUAUUCAGAUGAAUGAAACUGUUUAUAAAAUUGGAGUGUUGGCACUAGACUAGAGAUUGCAUGUUUAAAAGUUAUAUUGCAGGUCUAAAAUUAAUAUUAUAUUUACAAAUCUUACAUCUCGUCAUGAGCAGGUACUGUAAUCCCUUUCAAAAUAAAUACAGUGCAUUUGUUAUCCACAAAGCUCUCAAAAGUAUUUAAUACACAGAGCAGUCAUAGAAAAAAGUCAUUUUUUUUAAACCCAGCAUUCAGAUCUUCAAGGGAAGAGCUUUUCAAAAAUAAUCUUUUUAUGUGGUGUUUUUGGUAAAAUCAGUUCAGUUACUGUAUUUUACCUCAUAAUAACGGAAUAUAUUUUAUUUAAAGUGCAUAAUACAUACAGAAAUAAUGGAGAAACACCAUAGUGUUUACAGCGUAAUACACUGUAGAUCUACAGUACAAUGCAAAUUACACAGAACCAGUGUAGGCAGUGUUCUAUCACAUGUUCUUGUGUAUUUUGCUGCCAUCAAGAGACAGCCUAACAACUACUGUACUGCACAACAAUGCUAGUAUUUAAAAUGUCUUGCUUGCAAACCCGUCAUGUUUUACAGUGCGUGUCUUGCGGCUCCCAACCACAUGGAAAGGUGGGUAUGCAGCUUUUAGGGUCAGGAAGUUUGGCCACCCCUGGUAUAGUCACUCCUCAGAUGUCUACUUGCUUUUCAAUGUACUGUGUUGAAAUCUUUACUAUAUCUUGUCCUUGGACUUAAACGCCAGUUUGGAAGAUUCUGCUUCCUCUGCAUCAAACAACCGUACCGGAUACUGGCGCUGGAACAAACGGAACCACAAAGUGCAGAUCAGUUCAGCAGCAGGGAAGACAUUUAUAGCUGCACACUACCUGUUCUUUACAGUGUGCCUGUAUGAUUACUGAAUAAAUUGUGACAAAUUCCCAAGUCCUGGGAAGAUACAUUAUAAAGACAAUGAAAGUACAGAAAUACCAUUCUGUGUAGUAGUAAAUGUGCUGGGUGUUGCUGUGCUGGGGACUGUAACCUAGAUAUGAUUCCCCCUUUUCAUUUGAAAUUUGGUUCCCAUGAUUGAGUCUAGCAGAGGUGACUGCUUAGCAUGUGUGGCUGCAUUUGUUGCUGCACCCAGAUGCUAAGGAAUCAUCAGCCAACGUGCAUAUGUAUAGUUCAAAUACAAAAACAUUAUUUCAUUUUAAAAAGGGACUUUUACAAACCAAAGCAUUUUGUAUACCACACCAGUAUGGAAAGAUAUAUCUGAACACAGUGUUAUUCCUAUUGCAAUUGGUGGAACUGAGAGUGUUAUUCCUAUUGCAAUUGGUGGAACUGUGUUGUUUGACUCCAUAAUCCAGAGUCACUGCUUCUGAGUCCUGCCUGGCGGUAUGCAUGGUGAUUUUAAAAAGCAACCAGCACGGCAGAGCCUGCUGCAUCCCAUUUGCUCAGUCUGGUCUCUAGUGUUUUUGUAGCCUGCACAUUUUAAACAUUAUUUUUGAAAGUGGGGAUCCCAGUAAAUGCUGUAUUAAUAAAAUACCAUGGCUAAAAAGAUUCUGGACGUUGUGUCUAAAAUAAAUAUGAUAGAAAGCUAUCCUUGUGCAAUCUUGUCUGUUUUAUAUGUUGGAUGUUUGUGUAACCAAAGCCAAGGACCAAUCUGAAGGCAAGUUUACAACAGAAAAGAUUAUUAUUUGUUUAUUUAGCAGACGCCUUUAUUCAAGGCGACUUACAGAGACUAGGGUGUGUGAACUAUGCGUCAGCUGCAGAGUCACUUACAAUUACGUCUCACCCGAAACACGGAGCACAAGAAGGUUAAGUGACUUGCUCAGGGUCACACAAUGAGUCAGUGGCUGAGGUGAGAUUUGAACCAGGGACCUCCUGGUUACAAGUCUGUUUCUUUAACCACUGGACCACACAGCCUCUUGGGAUGGGAUUGUGCAAAGCUUAGAGUUUGUGCUUUGAGAUGUGUCUCCCAGCUGCCUGCAAAAUUAGCAGAUUCGACAGCUGUGCUGGCUAUUGAAACAGGACCACAACAUUCGAAAUAUUCACAAACACAGUUUUAUUUGACAAAAAAUGCAAUACACUGCAAGAAAAAAACAGGCUAAUUGUGUAACACAACAUUUUGUAUCCAAGAGGUUUUCUAAAUGUACUGUCUGGGUGUCCUUGCCGUCCUGAAGGAAAUGUUAUUUAAAAAGUAUUAAGCUGGGUGGUAAAUUGCUAUAGACAUGAACUGUAUUGUAUAUUCUGCAUUAGACUUUAUAAAGCAAACAAGUUGCCACUAGAAGUCCAUUGAAACAUUACAUUCUAACGUUUCCUUUAAAAAGAUGCUGCAGGAAAUAGCUUAUCGACACUGCUAGAGCUAAAAGACAAAUAAUUAAUACAUGUAAGCCUAAACUCAUCACACGCAAGUAAGAGAAAAGAAAUGAAGGCAGAACAUUGACAAAGCAUUUUUAUCAUACAAGUUUCCUAUGAUUUGAUUAAUACAUUAUAAUUUGUUGCAACUAAUCUUUCAAAUUGAUUAGUAUUCCUUCGUUACCACCACUUUUAAGUAAUUGUUUUAGUAUUUUUUUUAUUCUAUUUCGAUGGGGACAAUUUAGUCACAGAUGUUGCUGAAACUUACUUCAUGCAGUGUCUUGCGUAAACUAAACAAAGUGGACACUGCAAAUGGGUUUAUUUUAAACACUGCUAUUAAUGGUUUAUAAAUCCACACUCGCUCUCAAUUUUUUUCACAUCCUUAUAAAUUGUUGUUUUGUCAUACGUUAUAAUUUAAAACCUGUAUAAUAUUCAAAGCAUGCCUUGUAAAUAUUUGUUACACAUAAUUUUGUUUUUCUGUUUUAAAUCUAUAUCUUGCUAAUAGCACUAUACAUAUUUAAAUUUAGACUGUUAACAGAAUUGUUUUUAAAUACAUACAGUAUUUCUUACCCCUAGAGUUUUCUGAAAUUCAAUCAAAUUUUGAAACUUAUUUCAAUCCUCCUCCCCCAAAAGUUUAAUUUAAGAAGAAAUACUAAUUUAACGACCGUUUUGCCUGCUAAUGUUACACUGUUUAAAAAUGUUUCCUCAUGCUGCACUUUAUUUUGGCUCGCAUGUGAAGCAUAAAGCUCAGUGUUAGUAAAUGACACACAGUUCUCGAUGGCUUUGGCAUGCUAGUGUAAUGCAAGAAUUUGCCUUUUACUCUUAGUCUUAAUCUUACAUGGCUGGUUUCACAGACUCAGUAGCACCAAUCUUGGACUACCGCGUGGUGCGUUAAGAAGGGUAGUGCAAGAUCAAUGCUAAUCAAGGUCUGUGAAACCAGCUGAUAGUGCUCUAGACUAAAGAGGCUCAACCCCCCAGUGGGGUAGAACCAGGCAUUGCUAUAUUGUGGUUAGUCUGGUCUUCAGAAACACGGCACAAUAUCUGUACAAAAUAUUCAUUGUUUUAAGGCUGGUUUCUAGAUUUGAAUUCCAGAAAAGUUUCCAGUGUUUGGUAAGAUGUUGUCAUUCUGUGUAUAAAAACAGCUAUGAAAUUUCUUUGUUCCUAUGCUAUCUGAUGGCAAUUAACUGUUAACUGUAAUUGGAAACAUCAUCCAUCACAAUAUUUAUUACUGGACUGUAUGGCUUUUUAUUAGAUUGUGGUUUUAGUUGUCAUUUUUAUUUUGUAAAUAUGAAAACCCUACUUUAUAUGAUCUAUAACAGUAAUAAAAUAUUUUUGCAC